AUUAAAAAAUUAAUUUUUCCCUUUUUAAUUGUCUAAAGUGCAAUUCUUCUGUAAAAAAUAUCUCUAUCAGAGUAUGAAAUUCUACCAAUGAGCAAUAUUUAUUGAUCAAACCAUUUCUAUUGAAUUAAGUAGUAAUAAUAAAAGUGUGGUAACAAACAAUGGAUAAUUAUGAUUCAGAUAAUGAAGAAAUUAGUACUGACAAGAAUAUUUCAAGGCAACCAGUAUUUAAACUUUAUUUUCCUCCAAAGUCUGACGUUGGUUUUACACAAGUUCACUCACGAUUUAGAAGGAAGACAGUAAGUCCAAAAUUCUACACUUAUGAUAAAAGUACAGAAAUCGAUUUAAAUGAAAUUGAGAAAGCUGAAUCAGAACUUGUUAAAGAAAAACUUCAAUCAAAUAAAAAAUAUGACAGUCCAAUUACUGAAAAUUGCAAGUACGGCUGGUAUUUAGAGAAAUAUAAGGACAUAAAGGGAACUGAAGUUAAUAUAUACACAGAUUUUAGAAAACAUGUUGAUUACAUGUUAACUGAGAGGCUUAUGAGUUUUGUAAAAAUUAGACCAUAAAUGAAUAAAUUUAAAGU